GCUGACCUAACAACAAGAUCAGGUCCCACGUUCAGCCGAAACAACAAAUUGUUGGGCCUUGUGGGCCCAACAACACUCGUCGAUGUUAUCCUUAACAUACAACAAGCUUUUCCUCUUGAUCAUAUAUAAACUCGGCGACUUCAAUCGGAGGCGAUUCUCGGCGACUAACCCCACAAACCCGCUUCAUUCAAACCAAUAUCUUCUUCCUUUCCCCUCCAUCUCUGUCCGUACACGUUACACACAUAUGUGCGACUCUCUUAGUACACGACCAAUGAGGUGAGAGGAAUUUUCAAAUCUGGGAUUGGGUUUGGGUUCCAUGGUGGUGGAUCUGUGACCGAAUUUACGAUCGGAGUUGUUGAAGAGAGAUUGAGAAGGAAGAUAGAUUUUUUGGGGCGGCUAUGGGAAAUGCCAACGGUCGAGAAGAAGGAAUCGACGGAGAGAACGACGAUCAUCUUAAUCAACAUCCAUCGGUGGGGAGAUCCAACGGCGAAUUGACGGUGCGUGACAACAACGCGCUCCGCACGGGACGUGUGGCUUCCUCUGAGUUCAUGGCCAACACCACUCCUCCUGGGAGUCCCAGGCGUUCCGCCUCCCCGAUCUUAUUCGCCUCUCAGGUUCCUGUAGCUCCUCUGCAACGAGGUGAUGGCACUUCCGUUUUCCCUCAAAGCUGGAACAAUGAAACUCUUGAAGAUGAUAAUCCUCCUGAGAAAGUAAUUCCUGCCAUGAUUACAUGGACCUAUGGUGGUAACAGUGUGGCUGUUGAAGGAUCUUGGGACAACUGGACGUCUAGGAGAACAUUGCAGAGAUCUGGCAAGGAUUUCGCUAUUCUUUUGGUGCUGCCAACUGGUACCUAUCAUUACAAGCUCAUUGUUGAUGGUGAAUGGAGAUACAUCCCAGAACUUCCUUCCAUAGCAGAGGAAUCCGGCGUCGUCUGUAAUCUUCUUGAUGUUAAUGAUUAUGUACCAGAAAAUCUUGAGAGUGUUGCUGAGUUUGAGGCACCCCCAUCUCCAGAAUCUAGCUAUGGUCAGGUAUAUCCAGCUGAGGAAGAAUUUGCAAAGGACCCAGUGAUUGUUCCAUCUCACCUUCAUCUAACUGUACUCGGUAUGGAAAACACUAAUGAAGCUUCUUCUUCCUCCUCUCCUCCUCCUAAGCCUCAGCAUGUUGUUCUUAACCACGUCUUUAUAGAGAAAGGAUGGCCUUCCCAGACUGUGGUUGCCCUGGGACUAACUCAUAGGUUUCAGUCCAAAUAUGUCACUGUUGUCCUCUAUAAGCCCCUCCAAAAGUAAGUUAUCCAGUUUUUUGAAGCUUACCUCUGUAAAGAAAUCUGUUAGAAAUGCAUUUCCACAUAAAUCUUGUGAAGUUAAUAGUUCGCUUUUUAGAACAAACAACGUUCAUGUCAUGUUUGUACUGCAGUGCUCGAUAGUUUUUUUUUACGUUUUUCGUCUAAUUGGAUUUUUUUGUCCGUUCUGCAAAUUUUAAUAGUGUUUAUGGGUCUUAGCUUGCAUGCACUUUUGCUUAUUUAUUUAUUUUAUGGGGAGACGACAAGACUAUGAGGAAA